AUGAAUAUUACAAAUCAACAAAAUGAACUUUAUAAAAAAGUUGCUUUGCUUACAAAAUUUGGCUAUCAAGUAAUUGCACAUAAUCAUACAAUUAUCGGAAAAGUCAACCCUAACAAAACAAAUCCCAUCAAAAAAUUUGAUAUUUAUGAAAAUUCUGGAAGAGAUGUUAAACUAGAACAAUUAACCAGACUCACUGUAGUACUUGAAGAUUCAAGUCAAAAUUAUGGAUUGACAUCAUCAAACAAUACAAUUCUAUCAUAUGAUAUUUUUGCUGUCCAACCAAUCAAUGAAAAGUCAUUUCAAAAUACUUGUAGUAAUUUUGAUGUAGAUAUCAUAUCACUUGAGAUGGGAUCUCGCUUGCCAUUUUAUUUGAAGCAUGGUAUGGUAGGUUUGGCAAUUGAUCGUGGUAUAUUCUUUGAGAUUUGUUAUUCUCCAACCAUCAGAGAUUCUAUAUCUAGACAACAUCUUAUUUCAAAUGCUCAGAAUUUGGUUAGAGUUACUCGUGGUAAAAAUAUCAUUAUCUCAAGCGAAGCACAAAGAGCAAUAGAAUUACGUGGGCCAUAUGACAUUAUUAAUUUAGGUACAAUAAUGGGCAUGAAUCAAGCUUUAUCCAAAGAUUGCAUAACUACAAAUUGUCGGGCAGUUGUGAUGCAUGCAGCUACUCGGAGAAAUACACAUAAGGCUGUUAUUUCUUUUAAACCAGUUUCUUCAUUGAAACAAAGUGACUUAUGGAGGAUUGAAUGCGAAAAGAAAAAAUUGGAAAAAAUAGAGUCCAAAGGCAAAAGAAUAAAAAUUGAAUAA